UGAGCCGCCAGCGCCGGGCGCCAUGGUCUUCCUGACGGCGCAGCUCUGGCUGCGGAGCCGCGUCACCGACCGCUACUGGCGGGUCCAGGAGGUGCUGAAGCACGCGCGGCACUUCCGCGGAAGGAAGAACCGCUGCUACCGGCUGGCCGUGCGGGCGGUGACGAGAGCGUUCGUGAAAUGCACGAAGGCCCGGAGGCUGAAGAAGAGGAACUUGAGGACGCUCUGGAUUAAUCGAAUUACAGCUGCUUCCCAGGAACAUGGCCUGAAGUACCCAGCUUUCAUUGCCAAUUUAGUUAAGUGCCAGGUGGAGCUCAACAGGAAAGUACUGGCCGACCUGGCCAUCUAUGAACCAAAGACUUUUAAGUCCUUAGCUGCUUUGGCCAAAAGGAGGCAACAGGAAGGCUUUGCUGCUGCCUUGGGAGACGGGAAGGAGCCUGAAGGUAUAUUUUCCAGAGUGGUACAGUACCACUGAGGGGACACUAACACCACCUGGCCUCUGCAGCCGGGUCUUAGGAAAAGGCUUUCUCCCUGAUGAUCAUAAUUAAAACAGGGGCUAAGAGUCAUUUGACAAGAAUGUGUUAAGCUUGAUUUGCAAUUGUGUUAAUUUACAUUUCAGUAAGAAAAGGCUUGUCUGGCCUCCUGGGGAUAGACCAGAAACAUCUCAUAGAGAUUGUGCUAAUAAAGUUUGUAUGAUGGUCAGCA